AUGGCCUCUUACCAUGCACAAGUACAUUCUCAAUCUGCCCCGCAAGCCUUCCCUCCCCGUCAAGGAGCCUCCGUCAGCCACGCCGUCCCAAUGGCUUCCUCCGCGCCAGCUGGCACCUUUGUGCCUGGCACCAAGGUCCAGGUAGGCAACCACCGAGUGGUCAUUGAGAAGUAUUUGUCCGAAGGAGGAUUCGCACAUGUAUAUGUGGUCAAACUUCCACAGCCUGUUGACGGCUCAGACACUGGCGUUCUGAAGCGAGUGGCCGUCCCCGAUAAGACAGCGCUGGCCGGUAUGCGCACCGAAGUCGAAACCAUGAAGAAAUUAAAGGGCCACCGGCACAUCGUCACUUACAUUGAUUCUCAUGCAUCGCAACUGAAAGGGGGCGGGUACGAAGUCUUUCUGCUCAUGGAAAACUGCCAGGGGGGAGGACUGAUUGACUUCAUGAACACUCGCUUGCAGCAUCGGCUAACCGAACCGGAGAUUCUGAAGAUCUUCUCUGAUGUCUCGGAGGGUGUUGCUUGCAUGCACUACCUGAAGCCACCGCUACUACACAGAGACUUGAAAGUCGAAAAUGUCCUCAUAUCGCUGUCGGGCAAGUCUCCGCUGUACAAACUGUGUGACUUUGGUUCUACUGCACCUCCCCGCCCGGCCGCCACGUCUGCCGCAGAGGGCAGAUUGAUUGAGGAUGAUAUCCAACGGCACACGACAAUGCAGUAUCGCAGUCCCGAGAUGAUAGAUGUCUACCGAAAGCAGCCUAUUGAUGAGAAAAGCGACAUCUGGGCCCUCGGGGUUCUACUAUAUAAGCUCUGCUAUUAUACAACUCCAUUCGAAGAUGUGGGCCAUAUGGCUAUUCUCAACGCUAGCUACAAGUUUCCGUCAUAUCCUACCUUUUCCGAUCGGCUCAAAAGACUCAUUGCUUCAAUGUUGCAAGAAAACCCUCAAAACCGACCUACGAUAUAUGGGGUCCUCAAGGAGGUUUGCCUUAUGCAAGGCAAAGAGGUUCCAAUUCGAGAUUCCGAAGCCCGCCGUAAUCAAGAGUUACCACCGCCACCAUCUGAAGUACCACGUAUUGGUGCUGUUUUCUCGCCUCCUUUGCAAGAGACUAAGAUCGUACCUGAAAUAGCCCCCAUGCGAAGGGGGCGCCCGUCAAAACCCUCAUCGCAACAAAACUCUGCGCACCCCAGUCCUUCGCCAUAUCGUGGACCUUCUUCCAGUGACCCAUUUGCCGCUCUUGAUGGAAGUAAAAGGAAGAGCCAAAGCGCGGAUGAACUAGCAUCCCGGUUUCCCACCCUUGACCAAUUCUCCUUGCUGCAUGAAAAAGGCGGGAAGUUUGAAUUUGAACCUACUGUCUCCGAAAAGAAACCCGACACGGAAGACCUUUCACAACGGUUUACAAAUGCGUUGGCUGAUGAUGCUUUUGCAAAGCCCGCUUCUCCCUACCUACCAGCAAAGGAAGAGGUCGGAAGCCGCUCAGCUAUUCCUACUCCUGCGGUUGAGCAAGGACUAAAAAGGUCUCCCUCUCAAAAAGGGGAACGCGAACGGACUCAGCCAUCGUCACAAACAACAAACGCUUCCCAGCGACCGCAGAUGGUAUCGACCGGUACUAUGACAGAUGUAUCACCGCCUUCCAGUUCAGAAACUCGGCCAUCUUCUAGUCGCCCAAUAUACAGGUUCCCAGCGCCGUCGCAAGAACGACAGCGACAGCCAUGGUCCGUAGAGGACGGUCGACCACCCUCAGGGUCGGGCAGUGUGCCUUCUCGGACAACAACUAUUCAAGCCGUAGAGCCCAAGCCCAGGUUGUCAUCUGAGGAGAUCUCACGAACUCAAAGCUCUACUCGGCCAUCUCUAGAUAUUUCGAGACCCUCGUUUCGCGAACUCGACGAUGCGUUGGCGCGUCCAAGGUCGGCAAACUCUCGCAUCAGGCCUUCUAGUCUUCAUCUUGGAGCCAGAUAUGACUCACCUUCAAGGGAACCAGUUAUUCGCAGCCCUGCGCUGGAUCCACGUCGCAGUGAGUACGACUUCGGAGAGCCGCUCAAUCAUGCACGCACGGACGGAGACUAUGAUGUUGAUGGUGCAAAUAUCACUUCUAAUGUCGAUUAUCUCCGUGUACGUGAGGAAGAGGAGCUCGCUCGAAAAAAGGAAAAGCGCCUCAGCGGUGGUCCAAAACAUUCCAAACGCUCCAGUUUGUCUUCUCUGGCGAUAUCAGGAAAGGGCUUGCUCUCCGGGCGCUUUGGUGACGCUUUCCGUCGUUUUGAACAAAACCCUUCUGACAGCAAGAGUCGGACACCUUCUCCAAGCGAAGUGGACAAGCGAUUGACUCCUAUUGCUGGUUCUGAGGCCACGGAUGACCGAAGCGAUGAUGGGGGUUUCGAUUCCGAUCCCACAGACAUUUCUCCCGAAAUGCGACGGGAACUGGAACGCAGGCGACUUUCACAGGAAGAGAAACGAGUAGCCAAUGCGGCGGCCGAGUAUCGGCUCCAAGUUGCUGGGCGAGGUUCGGGCGGGCGAGAUGGUUCCAAAGCACCUGCCAUCCAAAAUAAAGUCCAAACGCUUCUUCAGGAGAAGAGUAGACCUACACCAAGGACAGCAUCUGGGUAUGGAAAAUACACAGACACCGAAUCAGGUGGACCUGGACAGACAUCAGAGUCAGAUGACAGAGAAUAUACGCCUCGUUUACCUACCCGGCCCAAGCCCUCGCCGCAGGACAUUAGAGGCCCUUCGUCUCUGACAAAGCUCAACACAGCUGGCGGCCCGGCUCAAACACCUGCGAAGGGAAGUCCUGUGGACACUAUACCUUUGCAGCGCACAUCCCAACGACCAGCAGCGCCCCCAAAGCCCAAGAAACUUCAAACUGGAGGGGGCCGAGUAGACGUUCCCCUUCCAACAGCUGAUCCCACAAGCCCGUCAGGCGAAGACUGGGAGGCCAACUUCAGUCGACGAUACCCAAGCCUUUCAGGGUUAGAACUCGUCGAGACGGAGAUUGACGUUCCAAAGAUUUCUUCCAUCCGCACUAGAGAAGUAUAG